UUUCCUCCAAAAUUAGAACAGAUUGUUAAAGCCAUUUAAACUUCCGGGUUUUCCCGAGGCGCGUCCGACAGAUAGGUGCCAGCAGUCAACUACCCAUCUGUCCUUUGACAUCGGUCAUUUUGUGAUUUGCUAGAUCAAGGAAAAUAUACAUGUAAUGCCAAACGAGACGUGACACCUGGGUGCAACUGUAAUAAAUAAUGAAGGAUGGACAUUAAAGAAACAGUCAAGAUCGCUCUGAAGAAGUACGACGUUGGGGACGUGUUUUCCUAUGUACCAGUCAUGCAAAAAGCCUCAGUACUUAUUCCAGUGUUCGUAAGAGGAGGGGAGCUACACGUAUUGAUGACUUUACGUUCACCUCAUCUCAAAAGCAAUGCUGGAGAAGUGUGUUUUCCGGGUGGAAAGUCUGACCCUGAGGAUCAAGAUGAGGUGGACACAGCCUUGAGGGAAGCUAAAGAGGAAAUAGGCCUUCCUCCUGAACAGGUGGAGGUGGUCUGUAAACUCUUCCCCAUCAUUAACAAGCGCGGCCUGUUGGUAACACCAGUGGUGGGCUUCAUUGAGGAGUCAUUUGUGGCCCAGGCAAACCCAGCGGAAGUGAGUGAGGUGUUCACUGUGCCUCUGGACUUCUUCAGACAGAAGGCAGCGCACUCGGUUUACCCUGUUCCCAGGAUCCCGGAACCUCUCCACAGCUUCUUCUACUCAGACCCCAGCUCAGGGAAGCAGCAACACAUUUGGGGACUCACAGCAAUGCUGGCCAUCCUUGUGGCUGUACUGGCCACUCAGAAGAUGCCGGAGUUCAAUGUUGGUUUCGACCUGGAUAAUCCGUUAGCAUUUUUCCAACACAACAUUGAUUUGCGUAUAAGCAAACUCUGAUAGUCAUUCUGAGAUGUCUGUAUCAUGUCUACCAAUAUGUUAUUUGUACAGCCUUUGUAAAUAAAACAACUAUACUUUUUACAGAA